CCCCCUCCGAGUAGACAUGUAGCGGAUAUUAGAUGCAUUUUGAGGAAACAAGUGGUCAAAAGAAACUUGGAUGUUUUUGUGAAGUAUUUUCGAGAGAUGCGACGCGAUGACCUCAUCGAAGAGCGCCAAGCCAGAAAAAGGGUCACAUUCACUAUAUUAUUAUUUCCUUCAAAUAAUCUACAUCCAUUAUCCUUUACUGCAUCUCUUUUUGUGCACAACACGACAUUUAGCUCAGACGAGCGCGUGUGAGACUUAAUUCUGUGGUUUCAUUUCUAAUUUUCUCAAAUCCAAAGUCCACACAGAACAGGUGGACGCUCUCUCUCUCCCUCGCUCCCUCGCUCGGUUUCGUUCCCAGCGUCCUCAGCAGACAGACAGCAGUGGGCUGUAGACGCCUGUGGAGGUGUCACUUCACACCUCCUGGUGUAUAAAAUCCUCCUCCGACUCCAGCUCUCCAGCCUACACUCGUCCCUCUGAAAGCAAGAAGGAUGGAUGUUUCCUCUCCUCUCUUCAGCUACAGCUCUCUCAGCUCCGAUUCGGAGAUCUACAACGUCUCAUCUCCCGAAUCGUCGAGCGAAGGAAGGCCGAAGCCGAAGAGGACGCACUGCAAGAACCCGAGCAAGCAGAGGAGGAACGCCAGCGAGAAAGAAAAGCUGCGGAUGAGGGAUCUGACCAAAGCGCUCCACUAUUUAAGGACGUUCCUUCCACCGUUCGUGGCUCCGGCCGGGCAAACGCUCACCAAAAUCGAGACGCUGAGACUCGCCAUACGUUACAUCUCCUACCUGUCCUCUCAGCUCGACCUCGAGAUGUCCUACUGUCAGAGCCAUGACCUCAGAUCUCCUCACCACGGUCCGGCUUCACAUUCCUGGGAAGAAGGAAAUCUCGGAAACGAAACGGAAGCCUUCUACACCCAGAAGAAUAAACCUCCUCACAGCGCUUUUUACGAAUCCUGGAGUGCAAGAAAUGGAAAAACACUCCACGAUGAGCAGGAACACAUCACUCCUCCUCACAGUGACGUCGUCGGUGAUCACGGACUCUAUGAGCGAUGUCACAUGACGCUCCAAUCAGGAAGCGGAUUUACCCAAGCGGAAACGGAGCAAAGAGACGGGAUUAAAAUGGAAAUUCCCAGCUGCGAUGAACUCUUCACUUCCGGCUUCGACUCCAUCAUGAAUCCGCAAACGUCCCUGUCGCACCAGGACUACGGUAAAGUUGUGCAGUGUGAGAGCGCAGGACGUGACUUCUGGAUCUGAGCCUCAUCAUCAUCAUCAUCAUCAUCAUCAUCACUAUAAAUUACUUUUCCAUGUACAAUAAUUUAUUUAUUCUAUAUUAACAUUGUCUUACUGUGACAUUUCUAUUUUAAUAAUCUUUUUUU